AUGGAGCUAUCGUGGCUUAAAGGGGCAUUGCAUGGGCUCAACGUGUAUUUCGUUGAACUGAAAUGUGGCGAGAGGAUUCUCAGCCGGGUGGGACUGGUGGCUUAUAAGCUUGCUCUUCCACCAGAAGCACGUCUUUUCCCUGUUUUUCAUGUCUCAUGUUUGAAGAAAAAGUUAGAGAAGUUUGUUUCUCCACUUUCAUCCUUGCUGCCGGUUGACGCACACAGUGAAAUCAGGCCAGAACCCAAACUGAUUGUUGACCGCCGUUUGAUCAAGUGCAAUGGGUGUGCCGCCACUGAGGUCCUCAUUCGUUGGAGGGGCGCGUCACCAGAAGAUGACUCUUGGGAGCUUUUAUGGAAGUUGCAUGACCAAUUCCCGCACCUUGUGGGCAAGGUUCUUUGA